UUAAUUAUAUUAUAUACCUUAACAUCACUGUUGGCUAUAUCUGGUAACGUAGCAGUAGUUGUUGUGUUUGUUAAAGGAAGACGAUGCCGUAACGAUCUCCGACCAUUCCUGAUAAAUUUGGCUCUAGCUGACCUCAUCAUGGCUGUGUUUUGUUUGCCGUUUACGUUCUCUUACGUUAUUUUCAAAACAUGGAUUUUUCCAGAAGCGCUGUGCACAUUCGUUCUCACAAUGCAGCACCUUUCAGUAUCUGCCAGCGUCUUCACGAAUAUGGCAAUCGGAACUGAUCGCUUUUUGGUCGUAAUGUUUCCAUUGCGAUCUCGUUUGAUGACUUCCAGGGCUAAAUUUGUCCUCUUAGCUAUCUGGAUUUGUGCUGCCGGUUUAUCGUCAGUACAACUUGCUGUAAGCAGAGCUCAAACCUUCACUUAUGGAGGUUACCAGUUCACAACUUGUGACGAAAUUUGGCCGACAGAAAAGGCUCGAAGAACAUUUACUUUGUUUGUGUUGCUAAUUACGUAUAUUUUGCCUUUGUGUAUUCUUUCUGUUACAUAUACUAUUGUGGGAGUAUUGUUGUGGCGCCGAAUUGCACCAGGAAACGCCGACGAAGCCAGAGAUUAUAAACAAUUGAAGAACAAAAGAAAGGUCAGUGAUAUUUUAUUUGUG